CGCGCAAUCAUAUCCAACAUGGCGGCAAAACGUGCGCGUUUUGCAGGCAUGGAUAACGGCUACAAUCUGCGAUAUCUGCGCUUAGUCAUUUGCAAAUAACAUGGUAAUUUGGAACUUGAUUCAUCAUUACCCGAGGAAUCACUUACAUUCUGUUUUGUGUCGCCACUUUGGAAAUCGAAGUGGAACCGUUUGGAGUACUUUCUCACGACCACCACCAUUUCAAAUUAAAGCACGUUGUUCGGCGUUGAUCUGCGUGGGAUCAUCUAAACCUUUCUCUGUGUGGACCAAAGAUAAUCCUUCUUGUUCAUGUCUGGGAUAUCUGCAUAGAUCUUUCACCAUUCCAAAGUUAAGUUUGCAUUCCUCAAUAAAUUUACUACAAGGAAAUGUUGAUGAUGUAGUUCACAAUAAUUUGGAAGAAAGCGACAACGAAAAGGACGUUAAAAAUCGCCAGGAAAGGAUAUUGAAUAUAUCACUUGUCAACACCAAGGAAAAUGAGAAAAACUGUGGGAGGAAAGAUCAAGAUCAGCAGAUGCAAGUGGAGAAAAAUUCUUUAUACAGUGAAACUUUGAACAACUCAAGUACAGUUGCUGAGCGUGUGUCAGUGUUAGAAAAUGCAGAAUAUUCUGCUGAGGGAAGCUUUUCAGAAACAGAGAAUUUUGGAAGUAUUUCAUGGCAAAAGACAGUUGCACUUACACCAGGUAGCGUUGUCCUCCAGGAGCUAACAAUUCUGGGCUAUAGCCACCAGCGCUGCCCCCCUGCCCCCCACCCUCCUCGUUAGGCCUUCAGUUUUCUUCUUAUCUCUGAACUAGGAGAGUUUAAAAAAGUUGCUUUGACCACUAAAAGACUUCCAUUAGAAAUGAGGAAUUAAUGAAAACCUAAUUUUACCACUGAAAAAUCUAUGUAUUUGCUUUGCUUUAUCCUUAUGUUGAACUUACUGGGACACUGUGCAAGGUUUCCUCAGGUAAACCCAUGUUUCUCCAGCCUUUACUUUACCAUUUUCUUGCAAUAAAACUGCAGUGGGACAUUGAAAACCACCAGUGGAUGGACCCUAGAGAGAGGUGGAAAUUGAGCCUACCCCAGACCUUACACUAGACAAUUCGCAUUGACGAUUUUUAGCACAACACAGUGUUGCAAUAUUGUUGUAACAUUGUUGCAAAUGGAUGCAACAUUGUUCCAACAUUGUAAUGGUGUGUUGCGCUAAAAACCAUUGUUGCUAAUCGUCUCGUGUAACAUCAUGUUUACAGUGUUGUGGCUUUUUAUGGUUAACAGUACUGGAUCUACCAGUGAUUUAGUCACAAAUUGCUAUUUUCUCUCCCGUUUUUGUACCCUAAACAAUCACUGUUUUGUUACUUUAUUUUCUUCUUUCUCCAUAGGAAAAGUAAAUAAAUAUUUAAUUGACUUCUUUGAAGAUAAGAAAGUUAGAAAAAUUGCGCUUGAAAAUGGUAUAACCGGUAAGGACUUUUUAUUAGUGCUUAUCAUCAUUACUGAUAAUAAUAUUUAUAAACUAUGAUUUUAAAUCUUUCUAUUGUGAUUGUGAACCAUGGGUACAUGUACCCUGGGUAGGAUACUGUUUCUUUGCUUGGGCCAUUUCAAACAAUGUUUCAUUUUUGUGCGCCCUCUUUCUGUAUUUUCUGUUUAUUAGUACAUUUAAGUGUUUCCUUCAACGUCAUAGUAAAUUGAGUGGAUUUUCUGUUAAACAAAAUAGCAAUAUGGACAGAGUUUUUCUCAGUUAUAAAGAUUGAAAGCUUAUUGCUGAUGGCACACAAAAUGACUUAUUAUUUAAUGCCUUAUUUUUAAGUGACAGGUUUAUUCAAAUCUGAUGUUUAUUAGUUUAACAUUGGCAUUCUUGUUGAGAAGUGCAGUGCUUGUUUGAAAACAUUGCUUACCCUAAAUUAUACUAUUUUGAAUGGUCUUAUUUCAAGGGUGGGGCUCUUUGAAUAACUACAUAUAAAGCUAAGAGUCAAUGAGGUUGCCAAAAAAUGGACAGGAAUAUAAGAAUAUCCUCUUACUCUUCUCAUUUUGUUUUAAUUUGUUUUAGGAAAAUUAUUUCACCAGAUUUUUCAAGAAUUCAGAAAAAAGAUUCUUUCACAGAUGAAAAAAGGAAACAGGGAAAUGUUGAAAAAAUUCAGUAAAUUAUAUCAUGACUCCGGUAAGUCUGCAUGAUUUGAAGGUAGAAGGUAAUUUCAACCAAUUUUAUUAUUCUUAUAGACUGACCCUGACAGUGAUCCAACAGCUCAAGUGCUAUAAUAUGCUACUUUUCAGCAUGCAAGGAAAGUAGUGUCCGAUAGCCUGGGGCUAGUGGAUUUUGCUAUCAGGCUAGUGCAUUCUGUUUUUAACUUGCCCGACGGGCAAGUGAUAUAUUUUUAGGAAUUCGAAUAACAGAAGAACUGUAAUCAAUCCUGCUCACCAAAUUUUUUUCGGGCUAAUACAUGCUAUACUGAGCUACAGCUUGCCCAAAUGACAAGCUGUAAAACUGACUUUCUUUGCACCCUGCUUUUGGAAAUAUCCAUCCCCCUUGAGAUAUUACUGCUCUUAACAAUAACUCCUCUACUGGAUAAAAAUUUCAGUUUAGUUGCAAGCAAAAGCUAAGGACAUAACAUCCUCCCUAAGUACUUGGUAUUUGAGCCAUGGAUGUCAUUGUUUGGAUCUCUUUGACUUUUUACAAUAAUCACUCUAGUUUUGAUUUCACAGCACCCAUCAUCCAUUUAAACAUUAAUUUAAUUUUUAAAUUCUUCAACUUAAUGUCACUUUGUUUAUCAUUUACAGACCAAACGGCCAAUUUGUUGCCGUUAUUUUUGGCAUUUGCUCGUCGGGUCCAUCCCAUGUUAGACUGUAUUGAUGAAGUGAAAAAGAUAUCAGACUUACGUGGUCCUGCAGAUCUGUGAGUCAAUAAAUAUUCCCUUCCCCCCCUCCUUUCAAUAAAUGUUGCUGAGUAAUUUCUGUCAGUGAAACCGCGUACAUGUACCUGUGGUUCCUGGUCCCAUUUAAGUUUUGAACGAGUUUUUAUUAACUCCCAGGUGUUACGUGUAUAAAUAAACUACUUACUUACUAACUUACUUAACAUUCUGAUGUCAUUUCUGUGGUUGUUGAGAGUAUAGAGCAUCGGAAAUUGUUAUCAAUUUGUUAAAAUAAUGUUGUUUCAGGAAGAGUGGAAGCAAUUCCUUUCACAAUUUAUUUUCUUUCCAUUGUUUAUGUUUUUUUUUUUAUUAAAAAAGACCAACGGUAGAUAUUCUUGCUCAAAACAGAAGUGGCUGGACUAAGGGGUCACAAACUUGUAUUACAGUUAUGAAACUCUUACUUUUGACUGUGUUAGGUUUCCAGAAGCAAGAGCAAUUAAAAGGAAAAUUAUAUACCAUGCUGGUCCCACAAACAGUGGCAAGACUCAUUCUGCUCUGGAAAGAUUCCAUGCUUCUGAUUCUGGUGUAUAUUGUGGACCACUGAGACUUCUAGCAACAGAGGUGUUCAGACGAACUAACGAGGCUGUGAGUUAAAAACUGUGUUUACUGUUGUAUCAAACAUUAUAUAAGAUUACUCUAAGAGAAAAUGUAUACAGAUGCUAUGUUUACAUGACCAUUUCCAAAGCAAAUUUGUUGUAAGAUACUAAAUGCUAGAACCAACUAAAGGCAGUGUGAUGGUUCAGUUCUGAAAAGUAAUAAGGGAAGUUAACGUAAAAGAAAAUUCAAGCCAGGCAAAGAGUAGACAACAACUACCAAUAGAAAAAGAAUAACAGUUUGAAACUCCAAGGUGAAAGUAACGUAUUCAGAUACCUGCAAACUAGAAACAAUAUGCAAAUUCAAACUAUUUAAAGUUCUGUAAAUAUUAUGCUUGCGUGUGGGGAGGCAAAAGAAUUUCAAAUGACAGAAGGCUUGAUUACGAGGGAGCAGUUGAAAUUGAGCCUAACAAAUUAGUGUAACCUUAUUGCAGCGGCAUUAAGGUGAGGAUAUUAUCAAUUUUAAACCAGUGGUGGCUUAACCAUUGGUGAAGCAGGGUCAGAGUUCUCACCUCCCACCAAAUAUGUGGCUGGGUUCAUGUUUAUCUUGAUGGUGACCCUCAAUAUGUGUGUUGGUCUGUUGUUGGGUGUGGUCCUUCCUCUGACAGGGCUUUUGCCUGUGUUCUCCAAAAGACUUGAAUGAUUAUCAUGCUGGUUUUGAUUUGUUACCAACAAUCCAGGGUAUACCUUGUGACUUGUUAACUGGUGAGGAUAGACAGUGGGCUAUAUCACCUGAUGAACCUGCUAAUCAUAUUGCAGCAACUGUUGAGAUGUGUUCCACAAGAAGGCCUUGUAUGUACUUAAAUAAAAAUAUUUUUUAAAUACAUAAAAAUAAGCUGCGGUCAGUCACUUGGAGAAAAGGUUUAAUAUAGCUGAAAAGAAUUUGUUUGGUAAUCAGAGCUUCAAGUUCAACCUUUUUCAAAGUCGCCUUUUGGUGACCUAAAAUCAUAAAUUGGUUGCCAGGCAUACAUGUAAAAUACUGGUUGCCACAGUAAAGGGAAGUUUGUGCAACAUUACAUGAAAGGUUUGAAAUACUCAAAAUGGCUACCCAACUGUACGUCUAUUGCAAACAAGGAAGUCAAGUCAAAUAAUAAGGAAAACAGAGCAUAAAAUUUAAAUAAUAUUUCAUGGCAAUGUUUUUCCCAUUUGAACUCUAAACACUGAGUAAUAAUUAAAAACACUAUGGUGUAACAAUUCAGGUCACCAAAUUUUCCACUUUCACUGCAAUUCUAGUUGCCAAUUUUCUCAUUCUUGCUAUGGUGACCAAAAUGGUAGGAGCUUUGAGUGCUGGUUAUGAAAUCUUUUUAGUCCUCAAAAAAUUCUAAGGUGAUGAAAUCUUAAAAAUUUAAUUUGUGAAAUUAUGGGAUUUGCCAAGAUAUUCUGAAAGAACAACGUCCAAGACACCUACUUGCCAAAAAUUAGCAUUUCGGGGCACAUGGUCUCUGAGAUAAUAACCCAGUUAUGCUCUGAUGACUCCAAACAAAUCCUUCUAAAUUUGACUUGGGUCUAAAUGUUUAUCUUAGAGAGGAUUUGCCCCACAAAUAUGCUAGUUUUUGGCAAGUAGGCCUCUUGGGUGUUGUUCUUUCAGAAUAUCCUGACAAAUCCCAUAAUAAUUUCACAAAUAAAUUUUUUUUUAUGAUAUCACACUUUAGAACAUUAUGGAGAACAACUUUAACAUUGCUUUUCCAGUAGCAGGCAGGUUACCUGUAACAUGUGAACCUAUUUAAAAAUGACCAGCUAGCUCGAUAUGAGUGGCCGCAGCAUCCAACACCUUACGGUUGUCUCGGAGAUGGUGGGUUCAAAUCCCAGCACUUAAAGAUGGUAUUCUGUUUCUUAAUUAAAAUUUGAGAUGAGAAAUCUUAUGUUUUUGUCAUUUUGGGCAGAUGAUUGUGCUGUCAUAGAUGAAAUUCAGAUGAUGAAUGAUAAUGAGAGAGGCUGGGCCUGGACACGAGCUCUGUUAGGUUUGUUGUGCAUUUUUUCUCCUAUUUUUUGCUCUUUUCCUCAAUUACAUUUGACUUACUGAAUAUAAGUGUUUUUUAACACCACACUGCUUGGUUUUUAUCAUCAUUCUUCUAUUGUGGAACCCUAUUUGUCUUCCUUUUCCUUUGGAAAUGAUUUGUUUUCAAUGGAAUAGGACACAGAAUGAAGAUUAAAAAAGUUACAUGUGUACAGGACAUUGACAGAUCAUAUAGAGAAGUUCACCACUGAAUAUUAAAUUUUUCUGUUUACUUAGGUCUCCCAUGCUUAGAAAUUCAUAUUUGUGGUGAUGGUUCAGCCAUUGAUCUGGUAAAAAGGCUGAUAUCUUCCUGCGGUGAUGAAUUAGAGGUAAAUUAAAGUUCUACAACAUUAUUCACAUUUAAGUAACAUGAGCAGACCUCUUCCAUAUUUCCUCUUCGCCAAUUUUAAUAAUGAAUAACUUAGUUUUCAAAGUAUGGUCAAAACAGUUUGUGCUUAGAAUGUGUCUCAAAACAGUCUGGUCUUUAGAAAUGCCAUUUCAUAUGCCUAGCAUGGGAAAUGCCUGCUACAGGUAAUGGGGGGACCUGGUGACACUUUGAGUUGGGGCUGAUCAAUCCCAGGGUUUUCUAACAAAGCUUAAUGGUGGACAAUAUUUUUUAGGUAGAACAUAUGACUUGAGAUGCACUAGUACUGCUAUCCAACUUCUUUCAAGGUCCAGCUAAUUGUUUCUGAUAAUGUUGUUUAAAUACAGGUUCAGCAUUAUGAAAGACUCUCUCCUCUGACAGUAAGGCCUCAUCAUAGUCUAGGUAAGAUGUUAUAUAGCAUGUGUGCUUCCUUAAUACUGGCACCAGUUUUCUUUUCAAUUAGCUUAAAAAUCAGCCACUGCCUGCUUUAUGCAUUUAGAUUGUUGGGUUUGCUCUGUGGUUUAAAAAGCUCAACAAAGAGUGCCAAUUUUUAUAGCGGGUUGAAGCUAGCGAUGUGCAACAAGUUUGAUCAUUCAUGAAAUUACAAUGUUUAUACAAAAUGUGGUAACAGGUUAAGUCGUCCAAAAGUCAUCUCGCCCAAAGUUUUUUUUCAAAACCAGAGUUAGGUUGCCCAAGAAAUAAAAUUGAAUGAAGCAGUGUGUGGAAUAUAUACUACUUAAAUGUAUUAACUGAGAGUGUGGUCAAAUCUCAGACAGAGACCUUGAUUUAUUGACUGAGUGAUAACGAGGUCAAUACAUCAACGCUGAGGUCGGAGAUUUCCCUGUAAUGACCGGCUGGAUGAGGUUGAUAAGUUAUUUAUUGUAUGGUGCUUUUUGAACUGAAACGAACCUGACGAUGUGAUUGAAACCACAAGACACAGUUUCUUCGACAAUAAGAAUUUUAUUGGACCUGAGCCUGCGAUCAUUUAAAACUAAUAACUGGUCAGCGGAUAAGUUUUAAAAACACGUCACCUCAAUGAGUUUACACUUGGGUCCACGAUACAGUCAUCUGACACUGGUCAGUGGAUACUAAAAUUGACCUUAACAUGGAUGGUCCAGUAUCAAGUUAAACACAGAUGGUAUUUGCCUUGGACACCUAGCUAGUAAUGCCGAGUCAUUGCAAGAAAAUCUUGCCUGCUUAGCAGCGAAUCAAAGAACGCGUUCUGUUGUAGCUAUAUAAUAAACUUCCUUCUUUAAGACAGGAUGAGAUGAAACAAAACCAAUACCGCGAUAGAUAUGUAAUAGGAUGUUAGGAUGUCGUUGAGCAUGAUAAAACACAACUCAGCAUUUUAGUUGACUAACUAUAAAUUUCAGGCCACAUAACUCUGCUUUUAGGGAACGUAACUUCGAAGGAGACGACUUUUGCGGAACUUGUCCUUAAACCUAAAUUGCUGCACCUUCAUGCUUUAAUAUCAGAACUGCUGUCUUACUUGACUGUUGUCAUUUUUUUUAAGACGGGAGGAUCAAAGGAGUUAAGCCUGGAGACUGUCUGGUAGCUUUUUCUCAACGAGAUUUGUAUCAGCUAAGAAGAGAGAUUGAAAAGAAAAGUAACCAGAAAUGUGCCAUCAUUUAUGGAGGUCUUCCGCCAGGUAACUCCUAAAAUUGUAAGCUGUUGUGUGUGAUUUUAAUAAUACAUGCUUACAUCAUGUUUAAAUUUCUUUUGUGAGAGAUCGUGUUUUUUUUACAGAAAAAGUUUUUUUUAACCAUUUCUCAAAAUAACAGGGAAUUUUAAUGUUGCUUAAAACACAUGCAAGGCCCUACCCUUUCAGCUGCUCGUCUUUAACCUCAAGCAAACGUCGAAAAACGUCAAGGAAUUAUUUCAUGUGAAGAGGCUGCCAUAUUGACGUCUUGAGGUUUGCCACUGGAGGUUUCUGCUGAACGCCUGGCUCCAGUUGUUCAAAAAGUGGAUAAUGCUAUCCACUGGAUAGAAACAUCGGUUUCUGCUGGAUAGUGAUUUAUCCAGUGAAUAGCACUAUCUAAUGUUUGAACAGUGGGGGCCUGGAUGCAAAAUGUCUCUAAUAUGAUUAUGGUAUACGUUUGUUGUAAGCAUAUCGCACUUCUUCUGAAUUUUCUGUGCUAUCCCUCUAUUAUUAAUACUAUUAUAAUAAGGUAACAAUAUUUAAUUUACUUUCAACUCUUUAAAUGUGCAAGAGUAAAUGUAUAUGUCUUCUUUUGCAGCAACAAAAGUAGAGCAGGCAAAUAAGUUUAACGAUCCUCAAGAUGAUUGUUCCAUACUGGUGGCCUCUGAUGCUAUUGGAAUGGGACUCAACUUGUAAGUUCAAUGUGUUGACUUCUGGCUGUGAUCUUUAGGAACCUUGCGAUCUGACGACGGCGACGGCACUGAGAAAGUGCAAAAAAGCAGUAGGUUUAAUAGACAAAACAACAACGUUGUAUGUGCAUCAACUUUUGUUGUACGUUUCUUUGCCGUCACUGUACGACUACGCUGUGAUAGGCUAGGCUAGUCGUGAGAAAUUUUGCCUAGGCAUUUGCGUAAUUUCGUGUUAUAUGGAGGACGUAAACAAGCGACCACGAAAUUUUCUUUCCCUUUUGAACCUGGACAUGGUUCUUAGGAUUUCAACACCACAAGAGUUCGCAUACACUCGACAAAGUAAGUUGGAAUAAUGGCAAUCAAGAUUAGCGAAUUCACUUUAAAGUGCUGUUUUCACUGCCAUCGCUGACCCCGCAUCUUAAGGUGCCUUUUAAGCUUUUUCACUGGAAUUGGGUCUUAAUUUGGCUUUUGAGCACUAGUGUCAUUUUCUUUUUGUUUUCAGCUAAAUGAACUACAUUACAGUCUACCUCAAGAUGAGUUUUUUUUACAUUUUUUAUUUCCCUUCUUCACAGAAAUAUUAAACGGAUUGUGUUUAGUACUCUGAUGAAGUUUGACGGGCAAAAUAUGGUACAACUUACGUCUACUCAAGCAAAACAGAUUGCAGGGCGAGCUGGAAGAUACGGUUCUGAUCAUCCUAACGGCGAAGCAUUAACGUAAGAACCUACUUUUCCAUUAAAUUCAUGGGCUCGUCACUGACAAACUCAGUGGUAAUGAUUUUUUACUCAAUAUGUUGUCACUGCGUUCGACGUUAUGAGAACACAACUCCUAAUCUUGGUAUUCUGUGGUACUUAGUGUCCCUGUGGUACUCAAGGGUGACCUUUUCAGCAAUAUUUGUCGUUCGUCUGCAUUUUCGGCGCCAUUUUGAAUUACGUCAUAUGUGCAUGCGCAUCACCGUUAUUCGAUCAAGUUCAACCAGAUGAUGCAACUUUAGCUUGCGAGCAAGCUCUCCUUCCCUCCUCCACCCCCGUACCCCUGGGAACCCAAAGAGCUUUAAGCUCAUUAGCCUGCGUGUAAUACUUGCAGGUUAAUGCAAUUUAUGUCGAAAGCAUGGAGUUACCAUUACCCUAUUUUGAAAUAAGCGUGAUGUUAUAGCUAAGAAAACUGGAACGCAGUCUCUAAUUUGUGAUGACUGCUAGCAAGUAGGUGGAAUAUAAUCGUCCAGGAAGGUAUGGCCUAGAGGACAGUUUUUAAUUUGACUGAUGUUUUGACAGAUAGCCUGUGCACUUGCCCCCUCCCCUCAGAAAAAAUCGGAGAAGGGGCCCCUCCUCCAAUUUUUUCUGAGGAAAAGGGGCGGCUAUACACAGGCUAUUGAUAGAUUGUGCGGAAUUCGUCACCAGUGUUAAAGAACUUGGUUCUUGAACUUAAAAAUCAAUUGGUUGAUGUUGCAACUACAUGUCGCUGCAAUGAAAAUUUAUCUCUUUUGUAGAUUGAGGAAAGAAGAUGCUAAUGUUCUUCACUCGCUGAUAAAAGAUCCACCACAAGAAGUUAAGGUAAAUGUUUGUGGUUAUUCACCGUUUCUUCUUUAGGCAGCUACACUAUAUCAACUAAGAAGUUAUUAUAAAACGUUUCUCGUGAAAUUACCGUUACGUUUUUCAAGUUUGUCCUUUGCAAUCCAAGUUAAAUCUCUCCCAUCCUCAGCCAUCUUUACUCCUUUAUAGAUUUUCUUUUUUCGUUUGGUUGCUUUUUUCCCAAAUUAAUAUUUGGAGGCUUCCUUGUAAACUAAAGCUUCACUCCUAAGGAUUCUACUGAAAAAAAUUGAGGGCGUUACAUGCGUUAGGAGACCUAGAACCACUUUUUAAAAUUUCCAAUACAUUUGUACGUAAGAAAGUCCCGGGAAAAAUAACAGACAAAUAUAUAUGGAAAAUCUAAAGCAAGCCUCUGGGUACGCCCCCCAAAUUUUUUAGGACAAUCCUUUGCUUUGUAGCUUUAGUUUACAAUUGACAUUUUUUUCAGAACAGCGGUUUUACGGAAAUUAUUUGACAUUAGAUUCUCAUACUAACAAUGUAAUUUCUCACUCGUUUGCCUUCUCGUCAAGAUAGCUUCGAAAACCCUGACAAGGUCUAUUCAAGGCAUAUGUAUCGAACCUUGCAAAAUAAGGUCUCAAACUAACGUUACAGCGGUGCUUUAAGUAGCCACAAAACUAACCAGCGUGAAGUUUACACGCGUUGAUUUGAAGGUACUAAAAAUUGUACCUAAAACACAUCUAACGUCAACUGAUUUUUUCAGGCCGCAGGAUUAGCACCAAGUAUGGAACAGAUUGAGAUGUUAUCUGAACAACUCCCGGAUGCAAGUCUAGUCAAACUCUACGUAAGUUAACUCAAGUUGUGAACUGGAGGAUGUAAAAUGGACAGAAUCACAGUUUUUUCCCCUCGAGACAGUAUACAAAAUGAACCCCAGAGAGGUUUCAUGAGCGGCUUGGUCUUUACAAUCCGACAACAGUAUUCAUAUUCUUUCUAGUUGAAUCCGCCCUCUAUUAAAACAUGUCCAUUCAUUUGUAUGCCCGUCUUUUGAAUUGACAUGCUGUUUAUUUUUAUAUUGUAGGAAGUUUUUGAAAGCGUUGUUCAGUUGGAUGGUGCCAAUUAUUUCAUGUGUGAUUUGGAAUUCAAAAAGGUUGGUUUGUGCAGCUACAAAUAGCCCCCCUAUUUCCACUUGUUAAAACUCGGUCUUUAACUUAACUCUAUUGUCUAUUUUUCAUUUCUGUCUUUUUUUUUUCUUUUUUCGUUCUUCUCUAGAAAAUAGCUUUCAAACUGCGUGGAAUUCCCUUGAGCGUAACAGAACAAUACGUAUUCAGUACCGCACCAAUCGGCUCCAAGACCAUCGAACUUGCAGUCAAGGUACCACGUUUAAAAUGCACAACAGUAGAGUAUUCCUCAUAGUUUAUAACUAAAUGGCCCCGUUAAGAUUUGGAUCAAAAUAUAGAACCAUCUUCUUCAAAAUUAAAAACUGUGAUUUCAUCGUCACACUUUAGGAUUGUAUGCAAAAACUACUAAGUUGAUAGCUUGUUCCACGCUCUCUAUCAGUCCCCAGCCCCCACGCGGAUUUCGCUCAGUUUUUCCAGUUCUUGACCCGCUUUCCUCACUAUCCGGCGUGGAGCCUAGAGAGGCCACGAAGUUGAAAUCCUCUUGUACAGAACAGUGCUUCUGUCCAAGAACUUUUCAGUUAGUUCCGUUUGAAUGGUGAUUCAAAGACAAAGCUAGAGCCACCUUGUACAGCACAGUGCCGAAUAGUACAACAGAGAAGUGCAGUUGAAGGCAGACACCUCCCAAAGGGUUGGUCACUGCUUGGGAUCUUCAGUCCUUUACUUUUACUGUCUAUAAGGCCAAGACCUCUCUAUAAGCCAAACACUUAUUGCUGGCUCAAACGGUGUCCUUCUUAGCGUCCAUUUAAGCCUGCGAGCAAGCUCUCCAUUUGGCAGAAUCGCGAGAAUUCACGCGAGAGACGCACGCGAAAUGAGAGCUUGCUUGCAGGCUCGUUCUAUUUAAAAGGUCACACUUAACAAUUUCGUUCAGAGAUUCAUAGCUUAGAAUCAUACCAUUUGGCUCUGAGGUUUUAAUCAAAAAUAACAUUGCUGAUAUUUAUUACUGACAGUUCGCCCAUAACGUGAGCCACAACAUACCCCUGACCUCCUCCAUGUUAAAAAAGAUCAUCCAAUGGCCUCCUAAGUCACCCAGGUCCCUGGAACAGCUGCAGAAUUUGGAGGCACUACACGAGGGUUUGGAUCUUUAUCUCUGGCUCAGGUGAGUUGAGGGUGAAUGAGCCAGUCGUUAUUGGGGUCUUUGCUGUAUGUCUGAAUCCUUUUCUUUUCUUUUUGCCCUUUUACUCUUUCUUGUUUCUCAUGGUGUUGUUGGGUCCUCUUUAUUUAACAAUUACAUUGUUCAAUUUCAAAAGCGUUCAAGUAGCGUUUUAUUGUCCAAAUACGGGGGCGUAGCUAGGGGGGGGGGGGUCCGGGGGGCCCGGGGCCCCCCCCUUGGGAGGCCUUCUUUUGGGCAACCAACCUCAAAUAUUCGGGUGGACAAAACGCCUUGCACACAUUUUGCCCGUAAUUUGUUUUUUUGUGAAGUAUUUUCGUCAACGGCUCUUGUCUUUAGUUAAUAUGGGCGUGGAGGUCGACAUGACAAUCUGGUGAGUAGCCUCUGUGACCCCCCCUUUGAAAAAUCCUGGCUACGCCCCUGAAAUAAACUUUAUUGUCGUAGUUAUCGUAUGUCGCACAUAUUUGUGGAUGUGGAGAACGUCUGUGAAAUGCAGCAAAUCGUGGAAGAUAUCAUAGGAGACGCCGUCGAGUCGAACACGCUUGGAGUCAUACAGCAACGCCGCAGACGAACACGUUUGAUUGACAGGAAACUGGAAAAGUGGUUCAAGUAUCGUUAACUUGGGUACGUUAGGAUUCAAUUACUCAAUAUAUGCUAUGCAAAUUACCCUGUGUAUAGAGCCCCACCCCCACCCCUCCCCUCAGAAAAAAUUGGAGGGAGGUCUUUAUACAGGCUAAAACUGGCCGUUGUCGAGGUUAUUUUGGCAGUUGGGGACACGUUUUAGUCGCCGUUGCUGUUGUAGAGAGGUGGCCGUUGCAGAGAGCUUUAAGCAAGAGUCAAUGUAUAGACUGUCUGCAGGAGCAAAAAAAGUGGCCGUUGUAGAGAGUUGGCCGCUGUGGAGAGGUGCAGCCUCCUCCCCAGGCGCUUCGUUUUUCGCAUGGCAGAGGCGAGCGCGAAACAAGUGACUGGUGAUGAAUCGCAAGGGACCAUGGGAAGGGUACAGACGGCUUUGCGCGCACAUUUUCAUCAAAAGAGAGACGUCUGGGUACGAGGCAGGGAGAGGUGGCCGUUAGUGGAGAUUCGACUGUAGUUGAUUGAGGACGGCUGUCACCUUUUCCCGCCAAAAUGACGCUGGUUCACGCGCGCGCACCACUUAGUAUUGAGAAAAUCUCGUUGUCUUACUCGUCCUCGUCUUAGAAUUUUCAGGGUCUCAGCAGCGAUCGUAGAACGUAGCAACUGGGAAAGUACUGAAAUAAACCCAACUUUACCUUUGGUAAAUCGUCCUCUUCCUAUGCUUUCUUUGCAGGAAAAUUCUGUCAUUUGGUGAAAUUUUCUUAUGGCCUGUCAAGGACACCUACUUAAUGGCAUCCUGAGACUCGAAGUGAACCUUUAACUAUUCAUGAAAAAUGUGUACGGUUUUUGGUACUUUUUAUUCAACGUUCCACCGAUGCAAGUUUAACAUCUGAAUGAGAUGGUGAUGUUUGAUCUUAUUUUUGUAGUGACGAUAUAUGCGGUUCAAUAAAAAUAU